UUGUCUUAAAAAUGUCAUCUAUUUUCUCCUUCCGUUACAUAAACAAAAUCAUACAUCACUGUAUUCAAUUCUUGUUGAUGGAGGUGGAACAUCCCUUAUUCUCAGAGAAAACAGUGUUAUUAGUUGAGCCAUGCAUAGCUCAAAACCAGAGCAAGACAAGCAAUGAGGUUGGAGUUGUAACAAAAUCAAGCAUAUCAGAGACAUCUAAUGACUUUUGUUACCACCCUGAAUCCUUCAAGAAGCUAGUGGAAAUGGGUCUGCCCUGUAAUGAAUCUGUGGAGGAAAAGCUUUCAUGGUUGAGGUCCCAGAUCAUAGGUCAUGAUGCAGAGUUUGACUCUCCAUUUGGAAGAAGAAAACUUCUCUAUGCUGAUCACACUGCUUCUGGCCGUAGUCUUCACUACAAUGAAAAUUUCAUCAUCAACCAUCUUCUUCCUUUCUAUGGCAACACUCACACUUGUGACAGUUAUGUGGGAAGCAGAACAACAAAAAUGCUACAUGAAGCGACUGAGUACAUUAAGAAAUGCUUAGGUGGUGGAGAAAAGGAUGCAAUCAUCUUCUGUGGUUCAGGCACAACUGCAGCCAUCAAGAGGCUGCAAGAAGUGUUGGGAAUAGCUGUGCCAUCAAUCAUGAGGGAGAGGCUUUUGAAGAGCCUCACCAAAGAAGAGAGAUGGGUGGUUUUUGUUGGACCCCAUGAACACCACUCCAAUCUCCUUUCGUGGCGGCAAAGCCUUGCCGAGGUGAUAGAGAUUGGUCUAGAUGACCAAGGGUUGCUGGAUAUGGAAGCUCUGAAGUUGCAACUUGAAGCCUUUAAGCAUUCGAAUCGACCCCUCUUGGGAUCUUUCUCUGCUUGCAGCAAUGUCACUGGAAUCUACUCAGAUACAAGAGCUAUUGCUAGGCUUCUUCACCAGUACAAAGGAUUUGCAUGCUUUGAUUUUGCGGCAAGUGGUCCAUAUGUGGAGAUUGACAUGAGGUCAGGGCAGAGAGAUGGCUAUGAUGCUGUGUUCCUGAGUACACAUAAGUUUCUUGGUGGUCCUGACUCUCCUGGAGUGCUCCUCAUGAACAAGGCCUUAUAUCAGUUAAGAUCUUCACCACCAUCCACGUGUGGCGGUGGAACUGUCACUUAUGUCAACAGCUUCAAUGAAAAGGAUACACUAUACUUGGAGAACAUUGAGGAUAGGGAAAAUGGGGGCACGCCUCCAAUAAUCCAAACAGUGAGAGCAGCUUUGGCAUUUUGGGUGAAAGAGUACAUAGGCUAUGAAGAGAUUGAAAAAAGGGAACAACAUUACAUUAACAAGGCACUUCAGAGGCUUGUCACCAACCCCAACAUUAAGGUUCUGGGAAACUUAAAAGCCAAGAGACAAGCUAUAUUGGCAUUCCUCAUCUACUCUACCACCAAUGAGUGUGAUGGAGAUAGCCAUGAACUUAAUUUGUGGCAAGAAAUGGGGAACCAAAGAGGCAAGCCACUUCAUGGUCCUUUUGUUGCAGCACUACUCAAUGACCUCUUUGGCAUCCAAGCUAGAGGUGGUUGUGCUUGUGCUGGACCUUAUGGCCAUGAUUUGCUCAACAUCAACAAGUCUCAAUCACUUGCUAUAAGAUCUUCAGUUCAAGAGGGCUAUAUUGGAGUAAAACCUGGAUGGACCCGAGUUAGUUUUCCAUAUUAUAUGAGUGAAGAGGAUUUUGAGUACAUUUUGAGUUGCAUAGAGUUUUUGGCUUUAUAUGGCCAAAGGUUCUUUCCUCUUUACAGCUUCAAUUUGAGAAAUGGUAGCUGGAGGAUGAAGACAGAGGAAUUUGAGGCAUUAACCAAGGAGGGUCAACAUUUGUUAGGAACAACUCUAGAGAAAGUGAACAAUGAUGUGCAAGAAGGAAGAGGGCAUAUAAGGAAUCAAUCUUACUUUGAUGCAGCCAAAUGUGUUGCUAGUAGCCUCCCCAAGUUCCCUCCUCAGGGAAUACUCCAAGAAGAUGUGGAUCCCAAUGUCCUCUGCUUCAGAGUUUGAUUAUCAUUAUUAUGAUAUUGUCUAUAAUCAAUAUACGAAACAUCAUUUGUUAUACAGAUUUUAUUUUAUGACAUUUUCAUUCCUUUUAUAGGAUGAAUGAAAUCAACUUAUCUACAUGUCACGACACCUCUCUAACUUUUAGACUUAAAUUGUCCAUGAUUAAGACUUCUUACUGAUAUAGAGGUAAGAAUCAC